CACAAUUAAGAAUAAUAGUCGACUUGGAUUACAAUUUAGAAAUCGAAUGAUAUCUCUAUAAAUUAGUGCCUCUACUCUCUUAACUAACCACAACAGCUUCCAAAUAUCUCAGCCUUUCUCUCCUUGAAAACAACUUUGUUUCAAAUGGCAUCAUCAUCCAGAGAAAUCGCCGUCGACAUGUCGCCGUUUUUCCGCUUAUUCACCGACGGCACCAUUGACAGGCUUCCUCCGCCAUUCAAAGUCCCUACCUCCGACCGCCCGGGCGCCACCGUCCGCUCCAGAGACGUCGAAAUCGACCGCGAGACCGGCCUCUCCGUCCGCAUCUUCGCGCCGGGCCACCCCGCUCCGCCACAGAAACUCCCCCUCGUCGUGUACAUCCACGGCGGCGCUUUCUGCAUGGGAUCGGCCUCCGCCGCCGCCUUUCAUACCUUCAUCUCCACUGUGGUCGAGAAAGGCCACGUCAUCGCAGUCUCCGUCAACUACAGACUGGCUCCCGAGAACCCCCUCCCUAUCCCAUUCGACGACUCGUGGACCGCCUUCCAGUGGAUCGCGGCCCAUGCCGGCGGCAUCGGCGCCGAUUCGUGGCUCAACAAAUAUGCCGACUUCCGUCGAGUUUUCAUCGGCGGGGAGAGCGCGGGGGCCACCAUAGCGAACGACGUGGCGAUUCGCGCCGGGGUCAGCGGGCGAUUCGACGGCGUCGAGAUUUUGGGGCUUUUCUUUGUGCAUCCUUUCUUCGGCAAUAAGGAAGAGGACAAGCUGUACCAAACGCUGUGCCCUACCAGCAGCGGUCGCGACGACGAUCCGCGGCUGAAUCCGGCGGUGGAUCCGCGGAUCGGGAAAAUGGCUGGGCGGCGCGUGAUAUUCUUCGUGGCGGAGAAGGAUUUCUUCAGGGAUGGGGGGAGGAACUACUACGAGGGAUUGAAGAGGAGCGCGUGGACUGGAGAGGUGGAGAUUAUGGAGUCGGAAGGAGAGGGGCAUUGCUUCCAUUUGUUCAAUCCAUGUACCGAUAAAGCAGCCGCCAUAACCGAUCGAUUGGUUGCUUUCUUGAACACUGCUUAAGCUCUAUAUUUCGUCACUCUCCUUUUCUUUUUUCUUUUUUUUUGUUCUAUAUCAUUUAGACUCGAUCCGUACGUUUGAGAUUUAGCAUCGUUUUGCCAUUUUGUUUAGGACUCGUUUGGCUAUGACAAUAUCAUCGUGUUUUCUUGGUUUCAUUCUUGUUUCAUUUUUAAUCUCAUCUUCUCGUAUGCACUUUUUCUCAAUACUUUUGUGAUACUAUUUGAUUGAGAUUA